AAAAGCUAGAGUUUCCUAUAUAAGGUAACCAAAAUUCAUUUCUUGUAAGCCCCAUGCAUAAUAUCACCAGCAAAAAUGCUCCUAAAGCUCUUCACAUUCUCACUUCUACUUCGUCUUUGUCUCUCUGUCCCUGAUGAUUUCACUACCUUACUAUCUUUCAAGAUUUCUGCUGACUCUUCAUCAUCUCUUCCUUGGUCAUCCUCUUCUUACCCUUGUUCAUGGCUCGGUGUUACGUGCCACCCUACAACUCACAGAGUCACCAAACUCAUCCUCAACAACUCUAAUCUUACCGGCUCAAUACAAACAUUAACUCGUCUAACUCAACUCCGCUACCUCAGCCUCCAUCACAACUAUCUGUCCAUGAUACCUUCUUUUUCCUCUUGGCCUAAUCUCAAACAUCUUUACUUGAGUCACAAUGGUUUUUCGGGUGAAUUUCCAGCUGGACUGGCCAGCCUCCACCGCCUUGUCCGCCUUGACUUGUCUUAUAAUAACUUCUCAGGUCAAAUUCCUUUGAUGGAGUUGGCUCAGUUGCCUCACUUGGUAACUCUCCUACUCGAGUUCAAUUCAUUCACCGGGACCCUAGACUCGGGUGGUUUAUCAAUUAGUCCACUUGCUGAAUUUAAUGUUUCAGAGAAUGCUCUGUCAGGGAAAAUCCCGGAUUUUCUUGUGAAUUUUACAGUGAGUUCUUUUUCUGGAAACUCGCGUCUGUGUGGUAAGCCACUGCCAUUAGAUUGCUACAAUGGGGGAUUCCACAGCAAGCCUGUGGCAGGCAAUGAUGUGAAUGGAAAAAGUAGGGUUCUAGGCAUGAAGAAAAAAGUGAGAAAUAGCAUUGAAAUGAUGAUCAUAAGUGUUUGUGUAGUUGUGCUUAUAUCAACAUUAGUUAUUGUCACAUGGUGUUGUUACAGAUUUAAAGGGAAGAAAAUGAAGGUGAAAAAUUGGUACAAUGGUAAAUAUGGCGCGGUAAAACCUAAAGAAAGUACUGUGGAUGAUCAAGAAAUGGUGUGCUUUGAGGGAUGCAGGGGUUUCGACAGAGUGGAUGAUCUGUUAAUGGCAUCAGCUGAAUUGCUGGGAAAGGGGAGUGUGGGGAGCACUUACAAGGUCGAGAUUGCGGGUGGUGAUGUGGUGGUGAAGAGAGUGAAGCUGAGAGAGAGUAUCAGUACUAGGGCUAAGAAGAGGAACAUUGCUGGAUAUUUGAGAGGAAAUAUAGGUGGACUUAGAAACCUUAAUGUUCUGAGCUUAAGAGCAUUUAGUUGCUCAAAGGAUGAGUUGCUUCUGGUCUAUGAUUUUCUACCAAAUGGAAGCCUUUUCACUCUCUUGCAUGGAAACCGUGGACCAGGAAGAACACCAUUAGACUGGAGUAGAAGGCUAAAGGUAGCAUUAGGUGCUGCAAAAGGGCUUGCUUUCCUUCAUUCGCGUAAGCUUGUUCAUGGAAAUCUCACAUCAUCCAACAUUAUAAUUGACAACUUGGGCAAUCCUUGUAUAUCCGAUAUCGGUUUAAGUCUUGUCCUGCAAAUGCCAUCAUCCUUAAACAGUCCUUACAGGGCUCCAGAACUUGUACAAGCUACACAUAACAGUCAAAGUAUCAAGAGCUACACCAAGAAAUGUGAUGUCUAUAGCUUCGGAGUCGUUUUACUAGAGAUCUUGACAGGGAAAACUGCAUGGAUGGAAGGAGAAGGUAAUUUGGUGAACUGGGUUGAGGGAAGUAUGAAGCAAGAAGACUGGAAAUGGGAAGUGUUUGAUUUUGAGAUGUUGAGGUACAAAGAAAUGGAAGGGGAAAUGAAGGCAUUGUUGGAAGUGGCAUUGCUUUGUUUAGUUUCAUCACCUAGUCAAAGGGUGGAAAUGGUUCUUGUCAUGAAAAUGAUUGAUGAUAUCAAAGUUAAAGACAUGGGAAGUGGUGAAUUUCAGGAAUCUAUUUCUAAUGGAACCCUUACUUCUGGUUCCUCUUCAUUUUCAGAAAACUAGCUAACCUUCUAGUUAUCAUUUCAUUACUUAAUUUCAUUUCACAACAUUUUAGUCUUGUAAUUCAAUGCAUAGUUAAUUAUCCAUGUGGGAUUGGGUUGAGGACAAUGAAUGUUUAGUAUGAAUCCAGACGGGCAAGUGGUACAGCAGCAAAGCAAUACAAUCUGGACUGAGUGGGACUGAACAAGAUGCAUGGUAAUUUUCAAUCAGCUGGCCUUGAUUAAGAGAGCCUAGCUUUUGUGCUAAACAGGUUGAACCGUUGGCCACAGGGCUCCACUUUCUCAUUUUUAUGGAAUUUUUUGUUGUCCUGUGUGCAAAACUAUCAUGUCCAUUACAGCU